GUGUGACAUUAAUGUCGGCAGAGCUGAGCAAUGACAUCGCCAAAGUGAGGCAGAUGCUGGCGAAAAUAGAGGAGGAGUUAGAGCAUGCUGAGAAGGAGCAUUCAGCAGCUGAAGCCCUUAACCACAAACUCAGACGGCAGCUCAGAGAUUAUCAGGCUCCUGAUAUCACCGAGUACAUGCAUGUCAAAGACAAAUACAAGAAGCUUAAGCAGAGCAUUCACACUUGGGAGAGAAAGGUUGGGAUCGCUGAGUAUUAA